GUGUAUAUUAUGAGGCACACACCAGAUAUGCGGUAAAUUACACGCAAAAACACACAGAGUCCAGAAAGAAUUUUACUUUCCGUCCCCUCUUCCCCACCUCUGUAACCUAUUCUUCUGAUUCCAACCUUCUUCUCUCUGUAAUAUGUCUACACACAACGCAUAUAUACAUAUGGGUGGUGCGGGGUGGGUAUGAAGUAUGUAUACGUUUAUAGCAUUUGUGUGUAUAUAACAUCUUGGAUCUCCAACUAUGGCCCACUUAAAUGUGUUCUACAUUCAUUUCUCGAUCUCGUCUUUUCUGUACUGUAUUAAAUGCAGUUGCAAUGGGGUUUUGAAUACAAUCUGAAGUAUUUAGUUGGUGGGUUCGAAACUUGAAGAAGCAUAAUAGUCAACGAGCCAAGGGCAUGAUGUUGAUAGGAGGUGAUUACAAUGUAAAUUUGGUGCAAAGAUAUGACGGUUCUCUGCAAGAAGUCUUAAAACUUACAAUGCUCAAUCAGGAGGAAAUUUUCAGAAAGCAGGUUCUUGAACUCCACCGGUUGUAUCGUAUGCAAAAAAUACUCAUGAAGGAAUUGGACUCGAAAAUGGGAAGUGGGUUGAGUUACAGAAACGUGAGCACAACUGAGUCGAUGAAGAACAAGUGUUUACACGACACUGGAAAUUCAUGCUUAAAACUCCAUAGAACAUGUUUAGAUCUUGAACUACCCGCCAGUCACUGCAAUGACAAUGUUGAUGAAGACUUUCUGAGGGAACAGAAUGUUUAUAGUACUGCAAAAGGGUCUUUCAAAAUGGAGCACGACUUUCAUUAUGAAACAGUAUCUUCUGUGGAGGAGCUUAGGCUCUCUCUGAGAAUCAAUAGAGAAACUUGGCAAAAAGGUAUUUGCAGGCCAACGUGGGAGGAUAAGGUUUUCUGUUCUCCUUCCCGUUUUGUAAUUGAUUUAGAAGGAUUGAAUGAAGCGUCAUCCAAUGGUAGACGUGAGACUUCUGCAGGAGUCAAUCAAUGUCACAGGGACAUCUCUGGCUAUGAUAUGUUGGCCAGGGGAAAGCUGUCUGAUUCUCAUGAAGUGGGAUUGUUGGACCUCAACCGAAGUCUACUGGAUGAAUCAUCUUUUCAGUCCAUUGCUCUUGGAACGUCCUACCCAUCAACAAGUACCGUUUCAUGUGCUUCGCAAAGAACGGAUGUUGAAUAUCGUAAUCCUACUGCUCUUAAUUGGAGAGAACCAAAAUCUGAUUGCUUCAAUGAGUCGUCCAUGUUGCUUCGGCCAGAUACAGAAUUUCUAAACUUGAUGGCUUCAAAAAACAAGAAUGACUGCCAACUUAAUGGAGCAACUACAUUAUGUGAUACGCAUAUUGAGUCCAUUGGUGGGCCUUCAAAGAACACAGAACCAAAAAAUGUAGACUCCCCAGCUAUCUUGUCUGAUGGAAAUGAGAGUAUUCCACCAAUUCCAGAGAUGAAUGGCGAGAAGACCAAAGAAGACAUGCCCUCUUCACAUUUGGACACAAGUCAAGAACCAGUCGAGGGCACAGAUAGCAACAAAUCUCCAAUCUCGUGGAAGUCUGAUGGCAUUGCUGAGGACAUUUCGAGCAAUAGAAAUACAACACAAUGUGGUAGCACCACGAGAAAAUUGAACUGUUCACCUAUGAAGAAUGCAUUCCCAAAUUCUGAAUCAUCUCAAGUCGCAAGGAAACUAUUUCAGGAUAAUGUUGAAUGUUCUGGUGAUAGUCAUUUGAAAUCUCAGUUCUUAGAUCAGGUGAAAGGAGAAGCUGCAGAACAUGAUAAAACGGUAAAAAGGGGAGCCGUGUCUCUUAUUUAUUUUUCCUUGCAAUGUUUAGCCGGAGAUCAAAAUUGCAUUCCUUGUCCCAACAACGGAAAGAGGGACGUUACACAAUGUUCUUCCGAUUCCUAUGAAUCACUUGUACUAAAGCAACCCGAGAGCAACGUGGAUGAAUACUGUGUAUCCUCUGCUGCUCCAUUUGACGUAAAUGGCUUGAAUGAAAUGGAUUAUGCAAAGAAGUUGAAAAGAGGGAGGAGAAUGAAAGAUUUUCAGAAGGAGAUUCUUCCGAGUUUGUCGUCUCUUUCUCGACAAGAGAUAUGUGAAGAUAUAAGAAUUCUGCAAGGAGCUAUUCGGUCGAGAGAAUACAAGAAAUAUAGAGCCAAGAACGAUUGCAGAGAUGACUACCUUGCUCCUGUGAGAGGCAGAAGGCCGAGAGGUAAAAGAUAUUAUUCAUGAAACAUUGCUUGAUAGUUAGAAAUGCCAUUUUACUUCUUUUAGCUUCAUGAACCCUUUUAAUUUUGCAUUCUUGAUUAUCAGACAAUUUCUUAUAAACCUAUUGCUUUGACACGUAAUUCAUUGACUAA